CAUCAUAAACCACGCGCAAGAGAGAGAGAGAGAGAGAGAAAAGGAUGCGGAUGAUACGUUUCCUACUUCCUUUCAUGCUCAGCUUUUUCACCAUCAAAGCUGCUGAAUUCACCCUCACCUUGAACACCUUGACCGGCCAUUACUGCUUAAACUCAAGCGCCUUCACCCCCAAUAGCACCUAUCACGCCAACCUCAAUCGCGUUCUCGAUGAUCUCGUCAGAGACGCGGGCGCCAACCCUGAUAACGGGUUCAACUUCACUUCAAGCAAAGCCAGCUCGAGCAACGCCGUCUACGGCAGCUUUAUGUGCAGAGGCGAUGUCUCCAAGAAAGAGUGCGCGGAUUGCGUCGGGAACGCGAGUAUUCAAAUAACCCAGUUAUGCCCGAUGACAAAAGUCUCCUUCCUGUGGUACGAUCGGUGCAUGUUGCGCUACUCCGACACGAAUUUUACCAGGAAGGUCGAGCUAAAACCUCGGUUGGCUGGAUACAAUGAAGAGAACAUAUACCAGCCUGCUGAAUUCAUGAAGGUACUGACUGUCACUAUGGAUCACGCGGCUAGAGAGGCUGCUCGGCAUCCUCCUAGGCUGUAUGGCCAUGGCGACGCCAAGUUUAGUCAGGAGAAAACGUUGUACACGUUCGCACAGUGUGUGCCUUACCUUUCCAAAAACGAUUGUUGGGAGUGCCUUCGCAACGCCACAUCGAGCCUCUUAAGCCUCCAAGAGGGGAAAAUUGGAGGCCGAGUGUUGCUUCCGAGUUGCUUUGUCAGGUUUGAGAUUUACCCGUUUUACGGGAGCAGCUCAAAAGGUAAGGCAGAACCUAAUAGUUGAUUUUUCAAAAGUUCAUCAUCAUGCUUCUUACUACUUCAAAGAUUACAACAGAAUUUGUGUUGUCCGCUUUGCAAUUUCUUGACCAUUGGGUAGUGUACCCCGAUAACAGAAGACAUAAAAACUCCAAAUUUGCCCAAAACAGAUGCCUCUUAUUGUUGCUUCAUUUUAUUGUAUCUGCACUCUUACUAAUAUGAGAUUAGAAGGGCAUAAUCUUGGAGUUUUUCCUAUCUAACUUAUGUGGAGGAGAAAAAUGCUCCAGAGCUUUGAGAAGCUUCAUUGUAAACCACAAUAUCAUUCUACAUUAUGAUUAUAUAUGAAAAUUAGCAAGCAUCAUCUUCUUGAUAAGUCAAAAGCUGAAUGAUCAGAUUGAACAUCUUAAUUACCUUGUAAACCGGACCAAAUCCUCCUUCUCCUAACUUCUUGUUGUUCGAGAAGUUAUCUGUGGCAGCUUCUAUCGUUUGCAGAUCAAAUUGCAGGGAAUGGAGUUCAGAAAUUUGCCUCUUAACUGGCAGUUAAAUAAUUCAGAUAUCUUUAGACUCUGGUGAAACAGAAUCAAUAAAAUUGUAUGCAUGCAAUAGCAGUGUUUCUUCGAGUUACCAAUCUGAUCUUCUUUUAUACCACUUUUGCUCCCCUUCUUAGGAUUAUUUUUCUUCCUCGUAGUAUAUGCCAGAUUAUCAUGUAAAAAAGUAGCGCCACUCCUACGGCUGCGGCAAGGAUUGCAGCAUAUAUUUUCCACUUAAAGUGCACUUUCCCUGCAUUUGUUGUCGGAGUUAAAGUUUCAUUUACAUACAUGGAAGUAUGGCUCGUUCUAGUCAUGGCAACGUCAUGUUCCAGCACACACACGAGACAAGAUAUUCCCAACUCCAUUCAAAAGCUGUGGCAGACAGUUGAAUUGACUGUACUUAACCGAAACGUGCGUUGAGUAAUCCAACUGCAAAGAUUUCAACUGUAGCAGAAUUGAAAAAAAAAUAAAAAAAUAAAAUCUUUUGCUGGCUGAGAAACUCGAAUAACUCCUUGAAGAGCAAAGAAACAGCUUAUAUUAUUGUCUUAUUUCUCCUGAUCUUGUCUUGAUGAAACUGUUUGCUUCUGAUAGUUGUUGCACUCAUUUCCGUAACAUUUGCAACUUCCAAGUUCUUGUGCCUUCUUUUACAGCUCGUACUCUUGUCAAGACGACAAUGGUGGCAACGAUGAUAUCAGUAUCUGCAGUAGUGUUGCUGCUCUUAGCCUUUCUUAUGUACUGCCUUCGGCUGGUGAGGAAAAGAGAUAGAAGAGGAAAAUUUGCAUCGUUCCUUCCUCUACAAAGAAUUCCCAAAUUGGCUAGAACGGCAAAACAAGAAGCAGUACAGAAUUGCUUUCAUUUUCAUAAGCGCUUUGUUCAACUGUGUGACAGCAGAUAGAAGAGGGCGUAAUCAUCAGUUUGGUGUUGCCACAAGUUCAACAUAUUUUGAUGAAAUUCCAGGUCUAGAAGUCCUCGACAGCGAAGGUAGGGGAAAAAUAGAUAUACCGGUCUUUGAUUUUGAAACUGUAGCUGCAGCAAGCAAUUUUUCCUUUGCCAAUAAGCUUGGCCAAGGCGGUAUUGGAUCUGUAUAUAAGGUAAUUAAUCUCCCUAUUCAACUGAAUCCAAAUGGUGAUUGGAUAUUAAUAUGUAUAUUCUUCCAACUUCAAUUGUCUGUCCCUUAUGGGGAAUGAUGUCCUUGAAUAAAAUGCUCGGAAAGGAACCAGUUUUAUUGUAAAGGACUGUUCUGCUAUUUUGAAAUUCUCGAAAGGUAUUGUGAUCUGAUUACUUCCACUAUAUAUAUGGAGGUGCAUCUUGUGUCGACUCUUAUCUACCCGUCGUCACAAACACAUGAAGAAAACAUCCUCCCGGGAAGUUUACUCAUAGCAGCUUUUGAGCCACUGGCUUCACACGACAGGUCUAAAUAUUUAUUCCUGUGAUGUGUUCAUUUUCACAGGGUGUUAUGAAUGACGGAACAGAAAUAGCAGUUAAAAGGCUCUCGAAAUACUCUGGACAAGAAAACGAAGAGUUCAAAAAUGAAGUCAGGUUGAUUGCCAAGCUCCAACACCGGAAUCUAGUGAAAAUCUUAGGUUGCUGCAUUCGAGAAGACGAAAAAUUGUUAAUUUAUGAGUAUUUACCUAAUAAAAGCUUGGAUUCAUUACUUUACGGUAAGUAACCUCUUCCAAUGGCCAAAAAAAUUUCGGUCUACAGGUAGUAAUAUGGAUAAUAACUUGAGGUAAUCCCCAAAAUUGGUCCAGAUGAAACAAAGAGAUCACUUCUGGAUUGGGGGAAAAGGUAUGAAAUCGCUUAUGGGGUGGCUUGAGGACUCAUGUAUUUACAUCAGGAUUCAAUCUUGAGAAUAAUCCACAGAGAUUUGAAAGUUAGCAAUGUCUUACUGGAUGUUGCACUGAACCCCAAGAUUUCA